ACCACUUUACGUUAGCCGCCAUUGUUGGUUGCUACAGAAAACAACAGAAGGCCCAACGCACCGACUUAAAGAGAAAUCAUGCCUCCCAAGAAGGCAGCACCUAAACUGUCCAAAGCAGAAAAAGAGAAGCUUCAACAGGAAGAGGAUGAGAGAAAAGCACUUGAAGAUGAGGAGGCACGUGAGAAAGCUGCAAUUGAAGAGAAGGAACGAAAGGCAAAAGAAAAACAAGUUGCUGCUGAAAAGAAAAAGCUAGAGAAUGAGGAGAAGAAAAACAGAGGUAUUGAAAUGAAAGAAUUGACACAGAUUUUGGAGAGAAACAAAGGUGCUUUGGACGAACUACACAAUAACAGGAGAAAGAAAGCAAAGUGGGCCAGAUAUAUGAGGUGUGAUGGUUCUCCAGAUCCGUUAAUCGCUGGGGAAAUCAACACAUAUAUCAACCUGCGUAUGGAGGAUCGAGAACAUGAUGACGUAGAGUCUGUGUUACAGGCCAGUAAGCUAGACAUUUCUUUAAGUAAUGAGCUUGACUUUUUGAUGGAGGACACACCGCCAGGAGAACUAACAAACCAGGAGGUGGCGCGGUACAAAGACACCAAGGAAGACCUGCAGACAUUGAUGAAGACUAAACUGGAUUUUGCGACGAUGAAACUAUUACAAGAAGCAUCUGUGCGAGCUGACCCUGAAACAUUAAACCUACAAUACUCCAUUAAAAAUGAAGAUACCUGUCUCAGUGUGUGGGGUAACCUGAGUAAAAAUCCCAGAAUUAAGUCCUUUGAGUUCACAAAACAAGGUUUGACGUUUGAAAUUCCUCGGUUAUUGACCCUGUCUGACUGUGCUAUCCGUGUCCUGGACCCUAAGUAUGACCACUACUCUCCCACCUGUAAAAGCUUCAACCCCAGACCAAAGAAACAGCCAGAACCAGAGGUGGUGCCGGAGGAGGAAGCUCCUCAAGCUGAGGAGGCAGCACCUGUAGAGGAGGAGAAGAAAGAGGAGGGGGAGGAGGAACAACCAGUAGAGCGCGAGGAAACGGAUUUAAUGGCUGCUCUAAAGGAGUUGGAAGAUGGACCAAAAGAAGAUGAAGAGGAGAAAAAAGAGGAGGAGGAGGAAAAAGAAGAAGAAAUAGAAGAGGUUGUGGAAAGAGUAACACCUGAGCCUCAAGAGUGGGAGGAUUUUGCUGAGGAUGAUGACAUUGUCGACCUGAGAGCCAAUGACAUCGUAGGAGGUGUGUUCCACUUUGACCUGAUGCACCUGCCUCCUCAGCCCAAAAGUAUGGCCUCGUGGACAACCACUCUGUUGGUAGACCCACCAGAGAUCCAGUACAUGGACUACAUUGCAGACAUUGCUCUGGCCCCACCCCCUGCCACAGAGAAUGACACACCCACUCAGGAAAAGAAGGAGAAGGAACAGGCACCAGAAACCAAGCGUGAUGAAAAGCCGCCAAUCGGUGUCACUAUGAAACUCCCGUCGGAGGUGCUGUUCUCCGAGGAGCCCCUCAUUGCCAGAUGGGACUACACUAAGAAACACUGGAAGCAAGAUGGCUUCUCCGACAUGAAAUAUGAUGAAGACAAGAGAGAGUUCUUUUUCAAGACAGCCUACUUUGGGACAUUUGCUUUGAUGCAGGAUUCUCACUUAAACAUGCCGUUCCAGUCCUGGGAACUCCGUCCUCACAACACCAACUCGGCUGUCCUCACCAUCAUUGCUGCCAUCGUAGAGAUAGAAAUUGAAAUUAAGGAUUCGGUGUGCUGUCUGAGUAAACCUGAAGACCGACCGGAGCUUGAUAAAAUCAGGAAUGUUUGGGUCACACCACAGGAACUUGUCAAGGUGUUGAAACAUGCAGGAAUAAAUGUGUUCCCAGCCGUAGAUUCGUCUAAAUAUGUUAGCAUUCAGAACAAGCACCCGAACAUAGAAGAGGCUGCAUACGAACAGAUGGCACUAACAGCAUCCUCCUUUGCAUACUCCUGGUCGAAGUGGAAUGGGGAAAUCCAGGAUAGGGACAAGGUCUUCUUUCAGGUGUCUGAGUCACUACAGGAUGAACCCCUCCUUGAGGAAGACUGGGGCGUAUUCCUAAUGACUAGGAGAAGAUCAAUGAAGCUCAACUUGAGCGAUUUUGACGAGACCUACAAUGAAGAAAGGGCAGAUGGAACUGUGUUUAAAUCCAAUUUGUACCACAUGGUUGAAGAUCUAGCUACUCCAGCAGCCAAAGAAAAGUUUGCCAACACAAGUUACCAGUUUGUGGACUGUGUGACCCAGAUCCUCAAGUCCACAAAGCUGUUAACCUUUGCUUGAAACCUGCACAAUUAGUCUGACAUUCUUAAAUUGUUGUACAGUCACCAAUUCUAAAGAGUAUUGGUGAUUUGUUGCCUAAAUGUCAUUGUUACUUAAAUCUUCCAAUGUUGUGAGAACAUGUACUCAACAUUGGGACUACAUACUACAGUAACUGUAGAUCAUGACAAAUAACUUCAUGUUUUCUUUUAUGCAGUGAUGGCAACAACUUAUAUUUCAUGAACACUUCAAGUUCAUGUUUUACUUUCCCACCAUACCAGGAUGGUUCGUGUGAGCUAAUCCAAUAUUCAUUGUUCUGGGUGAUUUUUAAAGACACGCGAUAUAGAAUUGCCAGAUCUAGAGAAAAGGCAAUGAUUUGGGAUAUUGAUCCUAUGAGCUACGUUGAACGUAGCUUAAGCAGAUGGUGUGAUAUCAAAGUGGAAUUUUAUUGUCCAUAAAACAGAUAACAGUACGAGAACAAUACUUUUGAAAACGGUAAAUGUCCACCGUUAUUAUUGACAUUGGAUAUUAUUUAUAUAGGUUCACUUGAAACACUGUACAUAAUUGUAUAUUAAUAUAUAUAUGUUCAUUGGAAAUAUUGUUCAUUCCAAGCUUAUAAUGAGUGAUAUUUUUCUAUCAAUAAAAAUAAAUCUAUUGUAAAUAAAUUGUAAAUGUUU